AUGGAACCUUUCCAAUAUCCCCUACUCUACCCGCAAGGCACUGUGGGAUGGCACGUUGGUCGCCUUGAUAACAAGGGUGCCAAACUGACUCAAUUUAAGUACUCGCGGUGCCUCCUACUUUCUGAACCUCGCUUCUCUCACCUAGGCCGUCUCUCACAAGCUUGGCAGGUUGAGAUGUUCGCGAGGUACGAGGAGGAGAAACUGCGUUAUAUUAAGUUUACGCAGCUGAAGAACACCGAUAGUGCCUUUCGGGUGGGGCCGGUUGACGAGAUUCGGAAUGCACAGCAGGUCUUGAACGACAUCGCUCGUGAUGAAACCGUCAGAGGCGAGGGUGGGGUGCAGGCAGGAAAAGUCUACCUCCCAAGUUCGUUCACCGGGGGACCCAGGUACAUGAAAGUAAAAUACGAAGACGCUAUGGCAUUCGUAUCACGCCUGGGUUCCCCCACUUUCUUUUUGACGUUUACGUACAACGCGACUUGGGAGGAAAACAAGAAAGCUUGCCCUUGUGGAGGUACUCGCAGUGACCCUAGCACUGCUUGUAGAGUUUUUAGGAUCAAAUUUCUGGAACUUCUCCGAGACCUGCGCAGCGGAGCAAUGUUUGGACGCUCUGUCUAUAUCGUCUACGUCAUCGAGAUGCAAAUGAGGGGCCUUCCUCACGCCCAUAUUGUAUUCAAGAUUGACGGCGACGGACCAGAUCAGGCGUCCGAAAUUGACUCCAUCAUCCGCGCGGAUAUUCCCUCGGAAGAAGAGGCCGGAGGCCGACUGAGGAAGUUGGUCCUCAAACACAUGAUCCACGGUCCAUGUGGUAAUGAUCAUAGGACUGACUUCCUCUGUUGGGACUCUGCAAAGGGUUACUGCACCAAAUACUUCCCCAAGCCCUGCUGUGAAACCACCCACGUCGACGAGAGGGGAUUCGUCCAGUACAAGCGAGAUUAUACCAAUCAGGGGACAAUUGUUUCAAGAAAGAGAAGCAUCAGCGUUCAUGAUGGCUGGGUUGUGCCGUAUAACUCCGCACUUUUAUUGAAAUACGAGGCCCACAUCAAUUUGGAGCUGGCGUCUACUCGCCGCGUGAUUAAGUACCUCUUCAAAUAUCUUAUGAAGGGAGGAUCUCUCCAGAACGUCACAGUUACUCCCUUCAGUAAGCAAGAUGAUGAGGUACAGCAUUACGUGACGAAGAGAAUGGUGGGUGCCAGUGACGCGUGCUGGCGCUUAUUAAACUUUCCAGUAUCAGAAUCUGAGCCGGCCGUUGAAUGUCUUCCCGUCCAUCUGGAGGGCAAGCAGUCCGUCCUGUUUAGACCUGGCCAACUGGCAGAGGCAGCCGCUAGGAACAGCUCCAAACUCACCAUCUACUUUGACCGGCAUCGUAUUUCAACGUUUGACGACGUGACCUAUCAGGGUUUCUAUGAAACGUUUGUGGUUCAUGUCAAGCGCCCAAAAACUGCGGAGAUAUACGAGCACCCAGACGGCGUCCAUAUUAUCACUGCCCGACAGCGUGGGGAGAAGGUGUGCAGAAUGUUUUGGGUCUCUCCGAGCAGGACAGAACAGUACUACCUGCGUAUCCUGCUUAUGACUGUAUCUUGCCGUGGUUAUGCCGACCUCCUGUCCCGCGGUGGACCCAACUGCCGCACAUUUCAAGGGGUCGCGCGGCAUCUCGGCUUGGUGCAAGACGAACAGGAGUACCACUACGCACUGCGCGAGGCCGCCACUUUCAUGACUGGCCCAAGACUUCGUUCUUUCUUUGUGAUCCUCUGCAACAUGGGGGCUCCUGCAGCUCUCCUUCUCCGUCGGCAGGGCUCUUGCGUCGCAGAUCACGGCCUCCCCGAUGUACACGAUGACACGACGGAGUUGGGCAGAGAACUGCUCUUACACGGCGAAAAUCAACAGAGAGCGUUUGUGGAGGAGUGGGUGCCAAAGCUCUCUGAAGACCAACACCGUGUAUUUGAGUACGUUACCUCCGUUCUCAACGCCCCAGCCAGUGGAACGUCGUCGAAAAUCAUUUUCCUCGACGGUCCGGGUGGCUACGGAAAGACCACUCUGAUUCGUGUCAUCCUCGCAUACGUGAGAGGUUGUCGUCAGGUUGCACUGGCAGUCGCCAGCUCUGGGAUCGCCGCGGGUAACAUGCCUGGUGGUACUACAGCACACAGCAUGUUCCGGUUGCCGCUCGACUUCGGUGACGGCACCGGCUUUUGGAACAUUACCAACGGCUCCCAGCGAGCAGAGCUCAUCAGAGCCGCAAGGCUUAUUGUCUUUGAUGAGGCACCGAUGGCACAUCGGUUCGUUUUCGAGGUUCUCGACAGAUCCCUGCGAGACCUCAUGCGUUCCAGUGAGCUAUUCGGUGGUAAAAUCUUCCUCUGCUGUGGUGACUUCCGCCAGAUCGCACCCGUCGUCGUGAAUGCUCGAACGCCAUCUGACAUUGUUUGCGUUUCACUUCGGGCCUCCCAUCUCUGGCAGCACUUCAAAAUCUUUGCCCUGACCACAGCUCACCGAACUAGUAGUUCCACGGUCUAUUCAGAUUUCCUUCUCGGGGUAGGCAACGGUACUGUUAGUUCGACAACUUUCUUGGAGGGACGGAACGAACAAAGUCUAAUUCCGCUGCUCGGGAUUAGACAAGUGACGUCUUUGACUGAUUUGGUCGAUUCCGUCUUUCCCGCGAACGUCCUACUCGACUCUGAUCUGUGUUCGCGACGCACAAUCCUCUCGACUCUGAUAGUGAACGUCAAGGAGAUCAACGACCACAUCCUGAACUCCCUUGACGGUCAUCUGUACGAGCUGAGGAGCGCCGACACAGUGGACAGAGAGAACGACGAUGGCCUGGAUGUCGACGUACAACUCCUGAACACGGCUACUGGCAAGGGCGUACCAGACCAUGUUCUGCGGCUGAAGAUCGGCUCUGUUUGCCUCAUUAUGAGGAAUCUCAACAUCGCUGAAGGACUCGUCAACGGCACUAAAGUCAUUGUAAUCGGCAUCUCCAACCGUCUGAUUACAGUGAGACUUCCCGGACAGACGCAACCUAUCGGAAUUCCCCGAAUUACGUUUACGUUCGCGUUUGUCGAGGGUUCGCCGUUACGUAUUCGUCGACGUCAGUUCCCACUGAUGUUGGCCUAUUGCAUGACCGGACACAAAAGCCAAGGUCAGACAAUAGAUUCAGUCGGUGUUGAUUUAUGGACCGAUUGCUUCACGCACGGGCAACUGUACGUCUUGCUCAGUAGGGUCAGACAUCCCGACCAUAUUGUCGUUCUCGUCCAUCCCGAACGUGUCCGAGAUGGAAUCGCAUACGCAAAGAACAUCGUGUAUGACGAUCUCCUUCUCUAA